AUGGACAAAAACAACAACAGGGUUUUUGUUUCUUCUAUAUUUGUCUUGAUCACUUUGAGCAUUGUUGUUCCACAAGCUGAGUCUCGAGCAUUUUUUGUUUUUGGCGAUUCGCUCGUUGAUAACGGCAACAAUAACUACCUAAUCACCACUGCCCGAGCGGAUUCAUACCCUUAUGGCAUUGAUUAUCCAACUCACAGAGCCACUGGGCGUUUCUCCAAUGGCCUCAACAUUCCAGACCUUAUCAGUGAGCGAAUUGGUUCAGAACCCACAUUGCCAUAUUUGAGUCCUGAGCUCAAUGGAGAGAGGCUACUCGUUGGUGCCAACUUUGCUUCUGCUGGGAUAGGAAUUCUCAAUGACACCGGAAUUCAGUUUAUAAACAUAAUACGAAUCUUCAGACAAUUGCAGUACUUUGAGCAGUAUCAGCAAAGGGUGAGUUCACUAAUCGGAGAAGAACAGACUGGACGACUGGUAAACCAAGCACUGGUGCUCAUAACCUUAGGUGGCAAUGAUUUUGUCAACAAUUAUUACCUGGUGCCCUUCUCUGCAAGAUCUCGCCAAUUUGCACUCCCAGACUAUGUUGUAUACCUCAUUUCCGAGUAUCGCAAAGUUCUAGCGAGGCUUUAUGAUUUGGGAGCAAGGCGGGUUCUGGUGACUGGGACAGGACCAUUAGGUUGCGUGCCAGCAGAAUUAGCACAACGUAGCAGAAAUGGGGAAUGUGCAGCAGAAUUGCAGGAAGCUGCUGGUUUAUUCAACCCUCAACUCGUUCAAAUGUUGAAUGAACUCAACGCUGAAAUUGGUUCAGAUGUCUUCAUUUCUGCAAAUGCCUUCCAAAUGAAUAUGGAUUUCAUUAGUAAUCCACAAACAUAUGGAUUUGUCACAUCAAAAGUUGCAUGCUGCGGUCAAGGACCUUACAAUGGGAUUGGACUUUGCACUCCGGUCUCUAACCUGUGCCCAAACAGGGAUAUAUAUGCAUUUUGGGAUCCUUUCCAUCCAAGCGAGAGAGCAAACAGACUGAUUGUGGAAACAUUCAUGAUUGGAUCCAACAAAUACAUGAACCCAAUGAAUCUCAGUACCAUUAUGCAUUUGGAUUCAAGGACCUAAUAACAAUG